GGUUCGCAGCGAGAACGGGAAUCGCUGGCAAGUGGCUGCGACAGGGUCAGUGUUCCGGGGGCGGGUGUCCAGUGACCCUCCUUCAGGAACAGGCUCUUGCCGCCAGUUUGAUUCUAUUUGUGACCGUCCUUGUGCCGGGUGUGAAGCGACAGUUGUCUCAUAUGCGCUUCCCCGGCUCAGGGUAACAGCACCGAGUGCAGGAGAGGCCAGUGUUACCAGCCACGGAGCGAGUUGCCCGCAGGGAUCAGCACUCACAGUAAACGGGCCCAUUCAAAAGUCUGCUAACAGCUGCAACAGUUAGUCGGAAUGGGUUGGAGAUAGUCAUCCAACGAUUUUAUUGCGAUUUCAGCCCAGAAAGGAUGAUGCGGGGGCGGGGAGGGGGGAGAGACACAUGUAACUUGGAGGGAGCAGUAGGAAAGUGCCCCACAGAAACUGGAUUUGUCUGCCUGCCAUUUCUCCGCUUUACCAACAGCGUGGUCAUCACCCGUUGCGGGGACUGGAAGAGGAGAGUUGACAUCGUGAAACCCAAACAAAGCAGCAAGUCAAAAUCUGACAAGAGUCAAUCCAUUCAUCAGGAGCUGCCCACCCCCGCCCCUCCCCAAACCCCGGCAAUUGCGGAAGGAGAAAUGUGUACCUGUUUUCUGUGAGGGUACAGAUUUUAAACACCACUGUGACCAGAAUAGUGCCGACAGACAGACAGACACACCCCGGGUGAGGGUGUUCCAGUGAAUUGCCUGUAGAAAGAGCUUUCACUCAUCCAGCCUGAAAACAAAACAAUUGCAUCGUUUAAAGCAGGAGCAACUGCAUAUGUGUUUUGUGUCUGGAGAAGGUCUAAACUGCUCCUUCAGUUUGGAGGGACACAAAGAUACUGGCACCAUGGAGAAACCAUGGAAAUGUGUGGAUUGUGGGAAAGGAUUCAGAUAUCCAUCCACUUUGGAUGUUCAUCGGCGCAAACACACUGGGGAGAAACCAUUUACCUGCUUCAAAUGUGAAAAGUCAUUUGCUCGUUUAUGCACUUUACAGAUACACCAGAGAACUCAUAGCAGGGAGAAAUCAUUCAUCUGUGUCAUGUGUGGUAGUGGGUUCGCUAAUUCAUCUGGCUUGUGUGUACAUCAGAAAGUUCACACUGGGGAGAAACCAUUCACCUGUUCAGAGUGUGGGAAGAGAUUCACUCAGUUGUCCAACUUAAAUCAACACCGGAGAACUCACACUGGAGAGAAACCAUUUCCCUGUCCUGAGUGUGGGAAGAGAUUCACUCAGUUAUCCAACUUAAAUCAACACCUGCGAACCCACACUGGUGAAAAACCAUUCACUUGUCCUGAGUGUGGGAAGGCAUUCACUCAGUUAGCCAACUUACAUCAACACCGGAGAACUCACACUGGAGAAAAACCAUUCAUCUGCCUUGAGUGCGGGAAGAGUUUUACUCAAUUAUCGCACUUACAUCAACACCAGAGAACUCACACAGCAGAAAAAAUGUUCACUUGCACUGAAUAUUGGAAGAAGUUCACUGAGUUGUCCCACUUACAUUCCCACCAGGGAAUUCUCACCAUAGAGAAACCAUUCACCUGUUUUGAGUGUGGCAAAGGAUUCGCUGAGUCAUCCACUUUACAGGUACACCAGAGAACUCAUACUGGAGAGAAACCGUUCACUUGCCCUGAGUGCGGGAAGAGUUUCACUCAGUUAUCCCACUUAAAUCAACAUGAGAGAACUCACACUGGAGAGAAACCAUUUACCUGCCCUGACUGUGGGAAGCGAUUCACUCAGUUAUCUCACGUAAAUCAACAUCAGAGAACCCACACUGGAGAAAAACCAUUCGCCUGCCCUGAAUGCAGGAAGAGAUUUACUCAGUUAGCGAACUUGCAUCAACAUCAGAGAACGCACACUGGUGAAAAACCAUUCCCCUGCCCUGACUGUGGGAAGAGAUUCACUCAGUUAUCGAACUUACGUUCACACCAGGGAACUCACACUGGGGAAAAGGCAUUCAUCUGCUCUGAGUGUGGGAAGGGAUUCGCUCAAGCAUCCACCUUGCGUGUACACCAGCGAAUUCACACUGGAGAGAAACCGUUCGCUUGCUCAAACUGCGGGAAGUGUUUCACUCAGUUAUCCAACUUACAGCAGCACCAGGGGACUCGCUGUAAACUGCGCACUGUCAAGAAGGCGAGAUUACAUCCAGAUUGAGAGACUUACCAAUGAACAGGUUUGUCAUCUCCUGCCACAGGGAUUAGAAGAGCAGGGUUUACAUCAGGAAAGCCAAACAAAAGAUCAGGUCAAGAUCUGACAGUCACUGCAUUCAUCAGGAGCU